CGUGCAAUCUGCAAAUGUCAGCUGUCACAGUAAGAUGCAGUUUUGUAAUAUGUAAUCAAUCGAUACAAAAAUCACCACGGAGAAAUGAAAAAUAAGGAAUAUUAUCCUGAAAAUAUCUAAAAUACGGAAGGUUAUUUAACUGGAAGUGAAAAAUUGUGGCAGACACACUGACAAACAAGACUCUUGUCCUAGAACCAUUACUGACUGGGAGCAUGCGUGACAAUUUGAACUCAUAAAUUAUAGAAAAAUAAUUGAGCGUCGACAAGGACCCUCUUCGAAAAAAAAAUGUGAACUUUAACAAUUUCAGAACAAAUUAAUGGCUGGGUUAUUAGAGGAAUUCCAAAGAAGCUGGUUGACUUCCCUUAUAGGGAUAGGCCUUUUUUCACAGGAGUAUGGUUGUUAACCUGGAAUGAGGUUUUUUUCUCUUCAGGGUAGAGCUGUUCAUCAUGCUCACUCCCUAGAUGAAACCUAUAACAGUGCCAUAACUUUGAGCCCUUAUGAACCCCUGCGACCAGAACUUGAUGGUAGAGUGGUUCAUAUUAGUGGACCACUAGAUAUUGAUGAACCAUUGACAGAAAUGGAAUAUGGAAUUGCUGUGCAGGCUGUGAAAUUAAAGAGAAGAGUUCAAAUGUACCAAUGGGUUGAAGAAAGAACGUAUGGAUAUUUGUGCUACCUGUUUCUAUUAAUUAAUCCCAGAGAUGAUGAUGAAAUGACUGGUGGAGGCUCAAUUAGUGACUAUUAUUAUGUAACAGAAUGGAGGGAUAGACUUGUAGAUAGUAGUGCUUUUUAUGUUAGGCAUGGCCAUGAAAACCCCAAAGAAAUUCCACUGCCAACAGUAACAUACAUUGCUCCAGUAGUAAGGGUUGGAGCCCUAUUGAUUGGCAGACAAAUUAAAGAAAAGUUUGAUGAUUGGGUGGAAGUAACAAGUGAUGAAAGGCCUGAAAGACAUGAUGUAAAAUUACAUAUGGGUAUCUAUUAUCACUGUGAGGAUAUUUGGAACCCACAAGUUGGAGAUAUUAGGGUACAGUUUUACUAUGCUGGUGCUGCAGGAGAACCAGCAACAAUAAUUGCUAGACAAGAUAAUGGUUUUCUGGUUCCAUAUGAAACAACAAGAGGACAUCAAAUAGCUUUACUGAGAUAUGGAAACUUAAAUAUUAACCAAAUGUUUUCUGCAGAACAUUUUGAUGCCAGAAUUGAAACGUGGAAGCUAAGGGGAAUUGGAAUAUUUAUUCUGUAUGCUUCAUGUGUCUGUCUAGCAAAACUGCUGAAAAUUAUGUUUGUCCAGUUACCAAUCCUCAACAGUGUUCUAACAGGAGAAGCAACUUCAUUUGGAAACUUAGUGCUUUCGGUGUCAACUUCCUUACUGGUGAUAGCUACAGCUUGGAUUCUAUACAGACCAAUGCUAGGAGCUGGGCUUCUGGUAGCAGCCAUCAGUCCUCUUUUCUAUUGUACCAUGGGUUUUUAUAAUGUUGCACAAAAUGGAAACAUAGACUACUGAUUUACCUAUAUUAUUUAUUUUGUUUGAUUUUAUAUAACAAUUGUCCAUUUUGAAUUAUACAUGGUACCAUAAGAUUUUAGUUCUAUUUUCAUAGAAAGCUGUAGUUUAAACCUAUAUCAUAUCUUUUUAUUUAAAAAUGAUAAAUGCUUGUCCUCUUAAAAAAACCGGGCCCAGAGUAUUUAAAGCAACGGAUCACCAAAAAAUACUUCCUAAAACAAUAUUAAUUUUGUCGAGCAGUGUAUUCAGUUUGCAAAAAUAGAUGCCUUCUUUUCAUGUAA